GGGCAUAUACCAAUUGAGAGCAGAGUGAAAGUGAGAGAUAGAGAGAGAGAGAAUGGGUUCCUUAGCCUCAGCUGAGAAGCCACAUGCAGUUUGCAUACCGUACCCAGCACAGGGCCACAUAAACCCUAUGCUAAAACUAGCAAAGUUCCUUCAUUUCAGAGGGUUCCACAUUACCUUUGUCAACACAGAGUACAACCAUAACCGCCUGCUCAAAUCUCUGGGUCCAGACUCCCUCAAGGGCAUCCCCUCCUUCCAAUUCAAGACCAUUCCCGAUGGUCUCCCUCCCUCCAAUGUUGAUGCCACCCAAGACACUCCCGCUCUCUGUGUCUCCACCAGAAAACACUGCCUGCCUCCCUUUAGAGACCUUCUUUCCAACCUCAACCACGAUGGCCCUCCAGUCACUUGCAUAGUUUCUGAUGGCGCCAUGAGCUUCACUCUUGAUGCUGCUCAAGAGCUUGGCGUUCCUGAAGUUCUUUUCUGGACAACUAGUGCUUGCGGCUUCAUGGGCUACGUGCAAUAUCGCAAUCUUAUCGAUAAGGGUUUGGCUCCACUCAAAGAUGAGAGUUACCUAACAAAUGGGUAUCUGGAUACCGUUAUUGAUUGGAUACCGGGUAUGAAAGGUAUCCGUUUGAGGGAUAUCCCAAGCUUCAUUCGAACGACGGACCCAAACGACAUUAUGCUGGAAUUUCCAUUGCGGGAGACUGAAAGAGCUCGCAAGGCUUCUGCCCUCAUUUUCAAUACAUUUGAUGCUCUAGAGCAUGAAGUUUUGGAUGCACUUUCUCAGAUGUUUCCCCCAAUCUACACCAUCGGUCCCCUGCACCAACUCAUGAGUCAGAUCCAAGAUAACGAUUUGAAGUUGAUUGAAUCGAAUCUGUGGAAAGAAGAGCCGGAAUGUCUGGAGUGGCUGGACUCCAAAGAGCCCAACUCUGUUGUUUACGUGAAUUUCGGGAGCAUCACAGUGAUGACAUCGCAGCAACUCAAUGAGUUUGCUUGGGGACUGGUGAAUAGCAAUCAGACGUUCUUAUGGAUAAUUAGGCCAGAUCUUGUGUCCGGUGACGCGGCCAUUCUUCCGCCAGAAUUCGUGGCAGAGACGAAAGAGAGGGGUCUGUUAGCAGGUUGGUGUCCUCAAGAGCAAGUUCUCAGUCACCCGGCUGUUGGCGGCUUCUUAACUCACAACGGGUGGAAUUCCACAAUUGAAAGUGUGAGCGCUGGAGUGCCUAUGAUUUGUUGGCCCUUUUUUGCAGAGCAGCAAACCAACUGCCGCUACUGUUGCACUGAGUGGGGCAUAGGCAUGGAGAUAGACAGCGACGUUAAGAGAGAUGAAAUUGAAAGGCUUGUGAAGGAGUUGAUGGAGGGAGCGAAAGGCAAAGAGUUGAAGAAGAAGGCCUUGGAGUGGAAGACUCUAGCAGAAGAGGCCACUAGAGGUCCCAAUGGGUCGUCUUUCUCGAACUUGGACAAAAUGAUCACUCAAGCUCUUCUCUAGACCCUAGACACUCCUUUCUUCAAUGUCCCAACUCAGCGAACUCUGACUCGUCUAUUAUUUUGCUCUGGAUGCUUCAUUUGUUGUUUUCAAUAGUCUGAUGUAUCGUUUACGAAAUAAAAAAAUAUUUAUACUGUACCUGAAUAUUGAAGAUA